AAAAAAAAAAAAGCCUGAACUAUUGUAAUCAAUUUAGUGCUUGAAAUUUGAUCAAAUCACAUCAUGGCCAUUGUACUUCUUACUUCAAUAUAUAAUCACUAUAGAAUCAUAAGAUCUGCAAAUUGAUCUUUAAAAAAGGAAGCAUAAACUUCAAAGCAGACUUGAAUCUGUUGCAAAUAAUUGAGGUCAACCAGAAACAGGGGGAAGGGACAGAGGAAAAAAGAAAAGAAAAACUCACAAUAAGACUGAAGCCUGUAACACCACAGAGGGAAACAGCUAUGGCGGUGCUGGAAAGUGAAAGUUCACCCAAAUGGCCAACCAUCAUUAAGGAUAUAACUUGAAGCAAGAACUGGGAUAAAGUUACAGCCACCAUAGGUCCGGCUAUGUAGCACAAACUCUUGGCCUCUGCAACUAUAACUCCCCAUGUUACCCUUUCUCUCUUCACUUCCCUCUCUUUCAGCAGCAACCCUUCUUCCAUUUUCGCUUUUUCUGUGUAAUAUUGUUGAAUUUUAGAACUGGCUCAACUCCAAACUCCAAAGCCUAACCAGCCCUUGUCCAAGAGAAUGAUUGUUCCCUUGGGGUGUGUGUAGGGGUUAAGAGAGAAAUAGGGAGAGAUAUAGACAAAUAAGACAAGGAGACUAUAUGAUUUUUCUUAUAUAUAUAUAAAGAUUUUCAUGCAAUACGACAAGGUGUGGCAAUUUUUAACCUUUUUCUUCAUAGACUUCAUAGAAAAAAUUUUGAGGGGCUCAGGAAGCAUGUGACCCGAGAAAACAGAAAACAAUUCGAAUCUUUUGAGAUUGAGGAUUUGGGUCAGGAAAAAUGAAUACUUUGUGGUUAAAUUAUCUUCGAAUUUACAAUCGUUGAGACAUAGUUUCAUCUAAAAUCAAAUAGUGCAAGAACUCUACUGGGUUUGCAGUAAUUUUUCUUUCAUGGUGAUCUCCCAAGAUCUUCUCUUUGGGAAUGGAUGAUCACCGAAGUUAAAUGAUCAAAAUUUCUCUUAAAUGAUCAAAAUUCAAACAUACACAUGACACUGGUAAACAAUCAACAUGGCUCACAUUGACCUUGUCUUAUACUCUUUCGCUGUCUAAAUUUUUUAUUAACUGGUGUAGUUUCUUCGUUGCCUUUGGUCAAAUGGAUCAUGCUUAAUUAGCUGAAAUGUUAUAUUCAAGUGGGAACCACUAUCCAUUUAAAUAUUGCAAUUUUACUACUAAAAAAACUACUAUCCCUUAAACUAUUUGAUCAAAAGACUCCAUCUUUAUUACUUUAUAUUCAUGGAAGAUUGUUGUUUGGUAAAACAAGGGAAAUGGGAACAUUUGAAUCGAGUUCUCGAGGCCCUUUGCUGCAGAGACAGGAAAGAAGCCAUGGAAAUGAUACUGGGGUACCUGAACGAGGUUUUUGUACUGGGGUGAUGAUUGAAGAAGUUAAAAGGCAGCUAGGACUAGCAUUGCCUUUGAUUGCAGUCAGCUUUCUUCAAUAUUGUUUACAGAUCAUUUCAAUCAUGUUCGUUGGCCAUCUUGGGGAAUUGCCUCUUUCGAGUGCUUCCAUGGCUACUUCUUUUGCUUCGGUCACUGGCUUCAGUGUAUUGUUAGGUAUGGGAAGUGCGCUGGAAACGUUAUGUGGCCAAGCUUAUGGAGCCAAACAGUACCAUAUGCUUGGUAUUUAUACUCAGAGAGGAAUGUUAGUUCUACUGCUCCUAAGCAUUUUACUUGCAUUUGUUUGGUUCUACACCGACAAGAUUCUCAUGGCAUUUGGCCAACAAGAGGAUAUAUCCAUAGAAGCUGGAAAGUUCAAUCGAACAAUGAUCCCUGGCCUUUUCGCCUAUGCCCUCCUUCAAUGUGCCAACAGAUUUUUACAGACACAAAAUAUUGUCUAUCCUAUGAUGAUAACCUCUGGAAUUACAGCUUUAUUUCACAUUUUCUUGUGCUGGCUUAUGGUGUUCAAAGUUGGAUUAGGAAUCAGAGGAGCUGCUAUAGCAAAUGCAGCCUCAUAUUGGAUUAAUGUGCUUUUGUUAACAGUUUACAUCAAGUUUUCUCCAGCCUGCGCUCGUACUUGGACAGGCUUCUCAAGAGAUGCUUUGCAUGAUAUCAUCAGUUUUCUAAAGCUUGCAAUUCCUUCAGCAAUUAUGAUUUGUUUCGAAUACUGGUCAUUUGAGAUGGUUGUUCUGCUCUCCGGUCUUCUGCCAAAUCCAAAAUUAGAGACAUCAGUCUUAUCUAUUAGCCUCAACACAUGCUGGAUGGUCUAUAUGAUCUCCGUUGGUCUUGGCGCAGCAAUAAGCACAAGAGUUUCGAAUGAACUGGGAGCUGGAAAUGCAGAAGGUGCGCGCCUAGCAUUAUGCGUGGUUGUUGUAAUAGCAGUGGCAGAAGGUGCAAUCAUAGGCACAGUAACAAUCUUGGCCAGAAAUAUAUGGGGAAAGCUCUACAGCAAUGAAGAAGAAGUGGUUAAAUAUGUUGCUAAAAUGUUGCCUCUGCUUGCUUUAUCUGACUUCUUGGAUGGAUUCCAAUGUGUAUUGUCAGGUGCCGCGAGAGGAUGUGGAUGGCAAAACCUCUGUGCUUCUAUCAACCUUGGGGCAUAUUAUGUCAUCGCAAUACCUUCUGCUGUUCUCUUUGCUUUCUUCUUUCGCAUAGGAGGAAUGGUAAAUUUUAAACCUCCCCAACUCAUUCCACUCAUCAUAUCUGUGUGUGAAAAUUUUGACACCAACACUCUUAUAUCACACCAGGGACUUUGGAUGGGGAUUAUUUGUGGGCUAUCAGUUCAAGUUGUGGCGCUUGUAACAGUGAACCUGUGCACCAACUGGGAUAAUGAGGCACAAAAAGCCAUAGACAGAGUUCGAUGUUUCAGGGCGAAUGAAGAGAUCACAAGAAUCAGCGACUAGGAGUAACAAACUCAAGAAAAGAACUGAUACCAGUACAGUUAUCAGUAGAUGGAAAGUCUAAAAAAGCGUAUAGAAAUUGCACAGGACCAAUAUCUAGCUAUGCAAAUGUACUAGAUCUCCAGGAGGGUAUCCUCUACAAUGUUUGAGAGAUGAUCUUCUUCAAUUCACGAAUAAAAUUAUGAGUUUAACUAUUCCAUAAAUUGAAGAUAAGUGAAAGAUUUUCUCAUUCCACUCAGUUCACCUUUCCAAGUCUUUUGGUAUUUGGGUGCAGACCCUCAUCCUGCAGCUAACUCUU